AGGGGCGCUUCGGGCGUCGGUCGCCGUUGGCAGUCGUCGUCUGCUAGCCGGACCUAGUCUGGCAAUCCAACAGCUUCGCGCCCCUACCUAGCAUGUGCGCUUCGCUCGUGAUACACCUGUGAUCUCUCAAAGGAUUUCUCCUUGCUAUCGACGUGCUUCAGAACGUGACAGCUCACGGGAAAAUACAUAAUCUUAUUCCGUCCUUUCACACUGCCUUCAGAAGAAGAUGACUAGUCGCCUUGGGUUCUGUGCACAAACUGCGCUUUCAGGUUUCAUCGUACUGUCACUAUGCAUGGGACACUUGGAAGGAAAACAGACCAAUGCCAAGUUACGCAUUCAGGACAUCAUGUCCGAUGAGUAUGACAAGCUCAAUCCGCCAAAGGAGAAUGAUCAGCCAGUAAUGGUGAACAUCUCCGUAGCCGUCGUCAAUAUCCGCACAAUUGACGAAGGUAAACAGUUCUACGAGAUGGACAUUUUCUUCCACCAGUACUGGACUGACAAAAGGCUCAAGGGCAGCAAGGAAACCAUUGUACUGGAUAACAAGUGGCGGGACCAUCUUUGGACUCCUGAGACUUAUUUCAAGAACUCUGUCGAUGGAAAACUAGACAGCAUCAUUUUCCCCUACAUGUACAUGACGCUGGACGAACACGGAAACCUAUUCUUUGCAGCCAGGCUGUCACUGAAAUUAACCUGCAGCAUGGAUCUGACGCGGUACCCACAUGAUGAGCAGGAAUGCGACAUACAGAUUAUGAGCUUUCUACACAAUAACAGGAGCGUGAUGCUACGCUGGAAGAAAUUUACCAUCACCAAGAAUCUCUCCCUGUCGCAGUUCACUGUCACGAAAGCUGACAACGGAGACUGCACCAGGACCUACGAAAUCGGAACCUUCGAGUGCCUGUUCGGCCGCGUAGUGCUUCGCCGUAGAUUGGGUUUCUUCCUCAUCAACAAGUAUGUGCCCAGCGUGCUCAUUGUGGCGAUGUCCUUCGUCACAUUUUGGAUCCCGGCUGAGGCAAUUCCGGCUCGUGUCACGCUGAGCGUCACCUCCCUUCUCACCAUUGUGACACAGCAGUACCAGUCCUCCAUGCCACAGGUAUCGUAUGUGGUUGCGCUAAAUGUUUGGAUGCUGGCCUGUAUCGCAUUUGUGUUCCUCGGCUUGAUUGAAUAUGCCUUUGUGGUCACGUGCAUGGAAUUGAGGAAACAAAGGGCUGCAUCAAGAAGUCAAGACCUCAAGAUGGUGGAGCCAAUGAAGGAAGGAACCCGCUCUUACGACGUGACGCGGGGCAGAGAAGACGGAAUAGGAGCCCGGUGUCUGUGGCGUUGCGUGGAUAAGCCAAGGAGCAUCGACCGCUACUCCAGGAUCCUCUUCCCAGCUGCUUUCAUAUUGCACGUUCUUCUCUACUGGGCCAUCUAUGGCAGGCACUAAGUGAUACAGAUUCCGCCUUAGUGCAACGCCAUGAAUAGCACAUGCUCAAGAUCAUCAAACUGUGAUCAGCAGCCUUGUCUCUGUCAGACUUGUGACUGCAGAAGACGUUCCAAGACGAGCUCCUGGUGUUGGGGCAUGGUGCAAAAGAUAGUGGUAAAUUGAGGGUACAUAGGGAGCGGUCACAUAACACGGCUGGAAGAUAGUCCUGCAGGCUCAGAUAAUUGCCGCACAUCUUUUAGAAAACUAUAUGACCUAUCGCGCAUGCUCAAGGAUGUAAACGCGAUCAACGCGAUGGUGAUUUGCAAAAGCGCGGACAACUUUUUAAGUAUUAUCUAUCAUUAGGGAACGCACAGACGAGGGAAUAGACUGAAACAUGUUUACGCGUGCAUGUGUGAGUGUAUUGGAAAGAAUGGAGAGAAUUUACAAAGACUUCGAAAGCU